AUGAAAAGAUUUGCUGCUGCGUUCUCUAAACAGCUAGCCAAACAGCAAGCAGAUCAACAUUAUUUGGCUUAUCCUUCCGAUAUGAAUACAGGUGAUGAAUCACCUUCCCUUGGUCCAAAUAGUGUCGAUCAAAAUUCCUCAUCAAUGAUGGAUGAUGAUGAUAUGGUCAUUACCUCUGAAAAUAAUAUCGGAACAAGUAGUAAUGGCAGAAAAUUACAAGAUAAAUAUUUAUCAUCAAUUGUGGAUGGAGAUGUUGAGAGUUUUGCUCCAACUAGAUCAUCUUCACCUCCAAUAGAACAUCAACAAAAGAAUACAAAACCCACCAACAACAAACCAAUAAUGGAAGAUGUAUCGAGUCCUAAAAAUAAUAGUAACCAACAACAAGAAGAAGGAAAACCAUCAACUGGAGAAGCUCUUGGAAGCGCUUUUAAAAGAUUGAAAACCAGAAAAAAGAAUCUUUCAUUUUCCAAGUUUUCAGGAAAUUUGAAAAAUAUUACAGUAAUGAAAAAGGGAGUUAUUGAGGAUUAUACAAGUGAUAUUGAGAGAGGUCAUGCUCUAUUAUUGGAAGCUUGUGAUGAAUUUUUUGAUAAGAGUGAGGCGCUCACUUUUCACACUUGUAAAGGUUCUGACCUUUUAAAAAGUAUAGGUGCAACAGCUAUUGACAAGGAAUUGGAUAAAAUUAUUUCUAAAAUUGAGGGAUCUCACUGGGAAUAUGGAUAUCAUUUAUUGGCAAUUGUUAUGGGUUAUGUUGGAACUCAAGGUUCUGGAGGAAGUACAUCUGUUGCAAAAGCAAAUUGUAAUAUUAUACUCGAAUCAAAUGCAUUGCCAACAAUUCUUAUGGCAUUUAAACAUCACGCAUUUGUAUUGGCUGACAUUCAAAUCAAAAGACUCAUAGAUACUGAGAAAUUUGAAAAGGAGUGUAAGGAAAAGGAAAAAUGGUUCAACCUUUACUCUAACAUUCUUUAUAUUUUCCUUACUAUGCAAUCUUGGAAUCCAUCUCAAGAUGUUCUAGAAGAAUUGAAGUAUGAUUUAUUUGAGAGAGGAGUUGUUAACAGAACCAAGUAUGGACAGAAACAAGAUUCUGAACACUUCUUUUUGGUUCUUGUGAAACUUGUUAAGAAAACUCUUUUCCAUGAAGUUAGUGAUAUUUACAAUAUUCAUAGUUUGAAAAAAUUGUGUAUGCUAAUGCACAAAACUCUUCAUAUUCUCUUCCUUUGUGACGUUGACAAUAUUCAAAAGAAGAAGGGAUACACAAAACUAACCAAGGUUUUAGAAAAAGAAAGAGCCAAGUCUCUCAAAUUGAAGGUGAGCACAGAAACCAAAGCUGCCUAUAUUAAGCAAAAUCAAGAUAAUAUUUCUUCAAAACUGGUUGAAGAAGCCAUCGAUAUCUAUAACAGAGCUCCUGAAAAGAAGGAAAAUAAUAAGACCAACGUAACUCUUCCAAGAGCUUUGAUAGAAUCUCCAAGUACAACUGAGACGUUAUACAGAUUAAUGAUUGAGGAUUUACCAGAUUUUGUUCUAACAAUUCUUACAUUGCUUGACAAGACCACAAAAGGUGAAUUAGGAACAGGAUUUGUUGGAACUGAACAAAAGAGAAGAUAUUGCAAUAUUUUAUUGAAAUCUAUUCUAUCAGUGGUUUUAUUGAUGAUUAAGAAUUGGAGAAAGAGUUGCCAAAUGCAAGCCAAAUACUUUAUUCACCUAUUGGAAGAGGCAGAUACUCAAGUGCUCUUAUUUAGACUUUUGGAUUUGGAGGUUAAGUCCUACAUUGUACAAGAUGAAUGUAAUGCUGACGUAAGUUUUAUGAGAGGCGAUCAAAGGAGCACCCAAUCUAGCACCAGUAGUAGUAAUAGUAGUAAUUUCCCUAAACCAAAUUGGAGAAAUGUUUAUGUUUUAACAGUAGCCUUAAGAAUUAUUCAUCAAAUGACAAAAGAUGAUCAAUAUUUAAUGUCAAAGUUAAUCAGAAAACACAAAAUGCAUAGAACUCUCAAAAAGGUACUUCAAGUUGAAGAUAUAGAAGCACUUUGUAAAUACUCUUGUAAAAUAUUGAAAAACUGUCUUCCUCAACUACCACUUAAAUGGAAGACAACAAAUAUGUUGGUUGUUAACAAUAUUUAUUUCCAUGUGAGACCAACCCUAACAGAUACAAGUUGGAUUCAAUCAUUGAAUGCAACAAUUCAAAUCUCUCAAUCAGAAUACCUUACAGAAAUGAAAAAGAUUCGUGAUAACAUUCAAAAUUUCCAUGCUGAUAACUAUUUCAAUUGGUGGAAGAGCUUUGGAUGGAGAUCAGUGGAUAUGGUUGCCAAAAUGAAGAGGCAAAACUCUGAAGAAUACGACCAUCUUGUAUUCUCUGAAGAUAAUGGUUUAUUUGGUGAAAACUAUGUCUCUUUCAUGUACAACUCUAUAGAACUGUCUGAUCAGGAUAAAAGGGAAGCUCUACUAUUAUAA